GGGAGCAUCAGACGACGGGUGUUACUGUCGUUUCAGUCUUUAUUGCCUUUCAUUUUGGGACACGUUUAAGAGAAAUAUUUUGUCAUUUGGAGGCUUCAUUUUUUUUGGUGGAAUUUGGAUUUCGAUGCUGUAAUCCAAGCUGGGAGGAUGGGAGCAGCAGGACAAAGCCGACGUCUCUUUCUCUGCAUCAUAUUGGUUUGUUUGGAGCAGGUUGCAGCACAGAUCAAAUACUCCAUCGCAGAGGAAGUCAAAGUGGGAACCGUGGUGGGGAAUGUCGCCAGGGAUUUGGGAUUGGACGCCAGCAUGUUGGCAGAGAGACGGUUUCGUAUUGUUUCAGGAGCAGAGGAGGCUCAGUUUGAGGUAAAUGUGAACAAUGGCGUCCUCUUUGUGGGUAAAACCAUCAACAGAGAGGAGUUAUGUGAGAGCGUCUCUCCAUGCUUAGUUAAUCUGAAAUUAGUUGCUGAAAACCCCAUGGAAAUACAUCAUGUUAGUGUAGAAAUUUUAGAUAUUAAUGACAAUUCACCCACUUUUCAAGAAGAAGAGAAAAUUUUUGAAAUAUAUGAGUCUACACAUCCAGGAAAACGCUUCCAGUUACCAAGUGCACAUGAUCCAGAUGUUGUCUUUAAUACGGUGCGUUCAUACAAAUUGAACCCAAAUGAUUAUUUUAAUAUACAAAUUCGAGAGCGAGGAGAUGAUAAGAUACCCUUUUUAAGUCUGCAAAAAUCUCUGGACAGGGAAAAGCACAGUGAGCAUAGAUUGGUUCUGACUUCAUUUGAUGGUGGAAAUCCAGUAAGAUCUGGAAGUCUUAAUGUCAGAGUUAUAGUGCUUGACUCGAAUGAUAAGACUCCCGCAUUUAUGCAAGAAGUAUAUUCAGUCAAUUUAUCAGAAAAUGUGAAAUUGGGAACAGGUGUUAUUAAGGUUGAAGCAACUGACCUGGACGAAGGAAUAAACGGAGAAGUUGAGUAUUAUUUUGGUGGAGAACUUGACUCAGAAAUCUACGAAACGUUUAGUUUGGAUAAAAACACCGGUGAAAUCAGUGUGAAAGGCCAAAUAGACUUUGAGAAGGUAGAUGUUUACAAAUUAGACGUCCACGCCACAGACAAAGGACAACCGCCAAUGAGUACCGAUUGCCGAGUGAUCAUUAAAAUAGUGGACGAAAAUGACAACCAACCCGAAAUAGACGUGACAUCUCUGUCAAAAACGGUAGCAGAGGAUUCAAAACCCGGUACUGUCAUUGCUCUUAUAAGCAUCACCGACAAAGACGUGGGACUGAAUGGCAAAGUUAUAUGUAGACUGUCACAAAAUGUCCCAUUCGAAUUAAAACCUUCCUUUCAAGAUAACAUGUACUCGCUGGCUCUGAAAGACAGGCUGGAUCGAGAAUUAGUGGCAGAUUAUGACAUCACAAUCACAGCAACAGACUGCGGUCAACCUCCUCUGUCCACCUUUAAAAUUCUGCAUGUCGACGUGUCAGACAUUAAUGACAAUAUUCCAACCUUUACGCAAAGUCCAAUUCAACUUUAUUUACUGGAAAAUAACGUGCCAGGGAAGUCCAUAUUUUCGGUCACCGCAUUUGACAAAGACUUGAAUGAAAAUGCGGCGCUGACGUAUCAAAUUAACAGAGAAGGGCGGCAAGGUAAAAUGUCAACAUUUUUAAACAUCAACCCUGAGAAUGGUGAAAUAUCGGCACUAAAAAGUUUUGACUUCGAGACGCUGAAAAGUUUCCAAUUCCAAGUGGUGGCCACCGAUGGUGGAAGUCCUCCACUGAGCAGCAACGUGACAGUGAAGGUGUUCAUUCUGGAUCAGAACGACAACGCUCCAGUCAUCCUGUAUCCAGUCAGCGCCAACGGUUCUGCCGAAGGGGUGGAGGAAAUUCCCCGGAAUCUGAAAGCAGGAGACUUGGUGACUAAAGUCCGAGCCUAUGAUGCUGAUAUCGGAUAUAACGGCUGGCUGGAGACGGACGAGGCUGAGCAUCGACUGCUCAUCCUGGUCAAAGACAACGGCAACGUGUCACUCUCGGCAACAGCGACUGUGACUGUCAAACUUGUGGAGCCCAAAGAGGCUUUUGCAGCUUCCGAUGUCAAAAGUGCAGCAAAAGUGGACAAGGAGGACAACGUGACUUUUUAUCUCAUCAUCACUUUGGGCUCGGUUUCGCUCCUUUUUGUCAUCAGCAUCAUCGUGCUGAUCGCCAUGCAGUGCUCCAAAUCCACAGAGUACACUUCCAAAUACCUGCAAGACGCCAAUUAUGAUGGCACGCUGUGUCACAGCAUCCAGUACAGAUCAGGAGACAAGCGUUACAUGCUCGUCGGACCCAGAAUGAGUAUCGGUUCGACCAUAGUCCCGGGCAGCCACGCCAACACUCUGAUGCUCCCUGACAGGAGACACACUUCCGCGGAGCUCUGA